GGAGGGAGCUGUCCUGGUGCUGAAAAUCCAACAGCGGCGCUCGUUCACAUAGACAGGAGAGAUGCUAUAUAUGUUUACGACUGUCAUCUGAGCUAUCUGCAAAAGGCAUUAUGCUGCUGUUACCUCACAAGCUUUCCAUAGGAGUGGCUGUCUUGCUCGCACUUCUCCAUGCUUGUGCGGUGCAGGGUGCGUCCAUCCGGCAACACCGGCUUAGAGGAGGCGAACAGGGCGCAUACCUUGCCCCGAGCUCCGACAUGGUUAAAGCCCUGGAGUACAUCGAGAGCCUGAAGCGACGGACAGGUGGGCUGGAGAACCCCACUGCUGACUACGACGAAGUAGACAAGUUCCGCUUCCUGGUGCAGCUCGCCUCCCUUCAGGACGAGAGCGCGCCGGAGCGCGGGGAUGACGGCUGGCUGGAAAGCAAGGCUCCGCAGUGGGUGAAAGGGCUGCUGCGAGCGCUGGACCAAGCAGGCGAAAACACCGAAACUGCUCCACCUCAGGCAAGCCGCCCGUCCAAAACCAGACAAAAGUCAGCCGGUACGAAUGGUCCUGUAAGGGACUACGCUGGCUUGGUAAAACCGCACAAAAAGUACCCGCUGAUGUUCGAGGAUGAGGAGAAUGUCAGAGACAGCGCUUUCAAACGUGCCACGGAGGACCUGGAUGAGCAGUACACCCCACAAAGCCUAGCCAACAUGCGUUCUAUCUUUGAGGAGCUUGGAAAACUAUCGGCUAAAGACCAGAAGCGUGAUAACCAGAAGUUCUACAGUAAUGACCAGGAGGAUGAUGAUGAUGAUGACAUGUACAGGGUGAGAAAUCUUGCGUACGAGGAUGUGACGGGCGGCGAAGACUGGGUGCCGUAUGAGGAACAGGUAGAGACGGAAGAGAUGGUCAAAGGCAGCCACGAGGAGUUUGAACGCGGUUUAGGAGACAGUGAAGAGGACGUAGAGACCAUUGAGCGCCGUGCAAGUCAAGAUCCUGACGAUGACACGAAGCUUGUGGAUUACUACCUGUUGAAGGUCCUGGAAAUGAGUGACCAAGAACAAAAGCGGGACAGAACCGGGGGCCAAGACAGCAAAAGAUUUAUCCGGCCAUCUAUCAUCGACCCGCAAGCCAUCAACAAGCUGAAAGCUAUCUCACUGAAAAUGCAGGUCCCGCCCGAUGAGCUCAUUGAGAUGCUGAUAACGGGGGAAAUCAGAAAACAAGAGCGCCCGGUGGUAGGGGUGGAAAGGAAAACGAUGCCUCGCUACAAAGGUAGAAUUGGCAAAUAUUACAAUAGACGACUGCCUGACAAAUUCUCUAACUACAUCUCAUCUGACUUUAAAUCCGAGGACAUUCUAAAUCUCUUGGAUAGCCUGGGCAGUCAGAAAACAUAUUACCCUAAGCAAAGGCCCUACAAGACCACUGUAUCAAGAUUUGUGACACCAAAUGGUCAUCACGGGAGCUUGAUUAUGUCAGAUAUGAAUAAAGCCCUCAACAAAAGAAAAGACGAUUACGACGACACAGUAGACGAAGAUGAGUUGGCGACGUUUCUUGCGGCAAAAGUAAUGACCGAGUACCCCGACACAGAUAAUUCCAAACGCUCUGUCCAGUCUGAAGCACAAGAGCAAUUUCCCUAUGAAUUGUAUGAAGAGGCAAUGAAGGACUAUUUUGACCAGGUAGACACUGGUAAAAGCGCUCCGGUGAAACGAGAUACUGAGGCCAAACAAGAAACCGAGUUUAAAAACCUAAACGACGAUUCUGCCUCGGAGCCAUUAGAUCAACAAACGCCAGAACCAGUUCAGGAGGAGAAAGAACACCGUGCAAAAAUUGUUUCAGGAAUGUAGACGGGAGAGAGAAGCGGACAGCAAUGAAUUUGUCCACUGGAGCAGAUAGCUCAUGUUUCAUCACAAAAAUAACCAGUCUGGUGGAAGUGGUAUAGUUUUACAUGGAAUUUUAAAAUAUAUCUAUUGUAAAUACAACAUAAUCCAGUGUUCGAGAAUAAAAUGUAUCCUAUUUUGUCGUGGUCUCUGGAUUUGUGGUUUUUAUUGUUAUAUUACGUUCAGUCGAACAAAGAGCAUAUCCCCUUAUUCAUACUCUUAAUAAUACUCUAACUGGCUUGCUGCAGUCAUUUACAAUGGAAAAAUGGCCUCUCUAUUUCAAUAUUAGAAUAAACAGGUUGGUGUCCUACUCAUUUUUAAACCAUUUUGUACGUGUUCGAAGAUGUGCAAAGACUUAAAGACAAAUAAAGCAUUACCAUUAUUUUC